GAGAAAGAGAAUAAUUGACUUUCAGUCACCAGGUAGUCCCCUGAUAACCUCGUGUCUCAUCACAGCUACUGUAAAUACGAUUUUACACACAUCCUGGACCAUUUCUUUUUACUUUUAAAGAAAGAACGUUGUCACGACAAUAAGGCAGGAGAGAAGAAAAGUGUCAGAAGAAAAAAGAAAACAAAAACAACACACUUCAGGAGUAAAGAUUCACAUGACCCAGGUGGCGCUGUGAUGAAGAUCCACCGGAGAAUCUUAACCCACUACCUGUCCUGCACCUCACCGGUGGAUAAAGAGGGAUAUCUUUAUAAAAAGAGAGGGAGAAACACGUCGUACCUGCGCCGCUGGUUUGUCCUGAAGGGGAAUCUGCUGUUCUAUCAGGAUCGUCCGGCUGACCGCCGUCUGCUCGGAGUGAUCGUGCUCGAAGGCUGCGUCGUUCAAACCGAAGAUUCAGACCUCACCUUCUCUCUGGUGUUCACCGGCCCUGGACUUCGCUCUUAUCAGCUCGCUGCAGAAGAUCAGCCAAGCAGAAAGAGCUGGGUGAACGCUCUCCUGUCAGCCAGCCACGUCUACAUCUCACUGCUCGUCAGGGACCUUGCACAUCUUUACCAAGAAGCUAAAGAAGGGAAAAGCCUCAGUGAUUCUCCUCAUUCUUCUACAGCGACAGAUUCCUGUGUGAAAAUGUCCAGCUCUGUCAUCGCCGCCUUCUAUGCAGGAUCACCGUAUUUGUCUCAGAGUUCUGCACUGACACACAGAGACACGAGAAGCUACAGUACGAGCCACGCCUACCCCGGACACCACGCCCACCACGCUCCAUCCGUGCCAAACAGAUCAGCUAAUAAACGAUCACCGAAACACUGGCCCAAAAGAAACGCCCACGUCACGCCUCUAAACGGCCCCGCCCCAAAAUACGGGGAGUGGCCUUUAGUUGGAUUCAACCCGAUGGACGAAUUUGUUAAACUUCACGAGUAUUAUGGAAAUGAGGUGAAGCAGGUUAGAGCUGAUUGGCUGAAGAAGAAACAGCAAGAGGCGGGCCAUGUCGAAGAAGAUCUUAUCAGUUUAGGGUGAUUUAACUCAUUCUCGCACCCUGAAUCUGUAUCAGUGUGAAAUAACAGAUACUUUAACGAUAAGAUCUAAACACCAUCGUAUUAAUGCCUGAUUGAGGAACGACCAAAGGAAGUGAGACGUUCUAGUCGCGGUGCGACUUUUACAGAAAAUGAUCAUGAAGAUCUUCUCUUUUCCUGUUCUGAACAACUCAGCACACCACUUCUUCAUUUCUGUUCUCAAAACCCAAAAAGGAAACGAGAAAUGCAGAUAUUGACUAAUUUAACCCGAGGGCAUGACUGCGUUCAUUUUUCUACUUAUCUCAACACGUGGUAGCAAAGUCAAGACGUACGUUAGACCUAAUUCAGGCGUGACGUGAUUUUAAUACGUGGGAACGUUUUCAUUAGGGUUCCUUUAACUAACAUUAUUUAACUAAUCAUGAACUUCAUCAUCAGAUUAAGAUUAACACAUUAAAUAACACUCGCAGUACAUAACAUGUAAUAAGUGAAGGCUAGAGUGAAAAUUCAACAUGAAGCGAUGUCAGGGGUCCAAGCACCGCUCAGAGAAGCAGCAGGCGACGUCACACAAGGACACAAGGACAGUCCACAAUCUCAGGUGACAGGUGAGGGUCAAAACCUGGAACAUGACAUCAGCUUAAUAAGACAAUAAAUUAGAUUAGAGACCGGAUUAAAAAAAAAAAUGUUCAUAUAAAAAAGAGAUUUCGAAAGUGAAUUUUUUGCUCAUUUACCUGGACAUGGUUUUAGUCACUGAUUGCAACAGUCAGAUGGUGUACAAAUGGUAGCUAUAACCUUUAAUCAGUUGUUCUUAACCUUGCAGCUUUAAACAAACUUUAAUAAACAUGAUGUUUAUUAGGUGUGAAUGAAAUUUCUGGUCUGAAGGCUGCUAUUCUCCAACUUUGGAUUUGCUCCAAAUAACAUGUACAUUUGAGGCCCGAGACCUUUAAUCUACAGUAUUACAUUUAUUAAAGGUGCGGUGCACGAUGUUGGAAAAAUGCUUCAGAAAACCGAGUCUGGACGACAAACAAAACAAACGUGUAGCCAAUGAGCAGAAAGGGGCGUGUCUUGUCAAUAUGCGUCAGAGAGAGUGAUCAGUGCGCAUGUGUGACAUUAGCAGAAAGCGAUUAAAACAUUGACAUGGCGGAUACCUGCCGUUACCUCUGCCUCGGGUUUUAGGUGUUAAACGUCGUCUUCUGCGUGAAACGGCGCUAAACCUUUCACGGUACAACACACAGUACUACAAAAACUGCCCCAGCAGGUUCCGCCAUAAUAGUUGCCUGGGUUACGUAUGUAUGUGUGGGCGGAGCUAUCAAAACAGAGGUGACACCCAUUUGGGUUAGAGGCGUGUUUGUUUUGGUGAUUUCAAAUGUCAACAUUGGCUUUCAAACAUCGUGCACCGCACCUUUAAUCCCGUCCAAACUCAGAACCCUCAGUAUUACUGAGAAAGGUGCUAAGGUUUCUCAAGCACACUUUCACAUUUACGUUACAUUUAUGCGAAACGUUAAUAUUACAGAAUAUCCCUAGAGUCGCUUCUCCAUAAAGCUCCUGGCAGGUUAAAUACCUCAUAUAUUUUAUGCUCAAUUUUACGCUUUUAUACGUGUAUCAUUAAGGACUCCUUUUCUACUUCUACUUACGUAAACCUUUCUCGAUCAGACUCUUAUUGAAAGAUCGAAAAUAUUUUUUAUAUUUUAUUUUAUUCUGGUGUACAAUACUGUAAUCACCACACACGGUGAAACACGAGCUGUAUUGAGUUAAAGACUUAAAGUGCUAGACAUGGUUCAGGCCAACAGGGGGCGCUAUUCUCUCUGAAUACAGUUUAUUACUGGCUAAAACAUUCAUUAAACCAAAAGGAAAAUAUGACUGAAACUGAGUUGGUCAGUUUUAUGAUUUUCUUUAAUGUGAUUGUAAACCAAAAUCUUUUUUUUUUUUUUUUUCUCCUUACUAAUAAA